AUGUAUAAUUACAAUUCGGCAUCUAAAAACAAGUUGUCUCCAAGAAAUUGCAGAUUAAACUCGCCCGCUAGUCCCCGUUAUACAUCACCUAUUAAAAGUUCUUCAAAAUCAUUGCUAAGACCUCAAAAGUUCGUUAAAUUUCAAGAAUUUUCUCCUGGACUGCGUAAAGCUGACGACUUAAAGCUAUGCUUAAAGAGCUUAUACCAAGAAAUAAAGUAUAAUUGUUCUCAAAGCACCUCCAAAGCCUCAUCAAAUAUUCUUCGGCCAAAUAAGCUGCAAACUGGGUCAUCAAGUGAAAGCCCUUUUAAAUCAGAAAUACUGCCAAAAAUUUCUCAAAAACGGACUCAUAAAAGGACUAAUUGAAGUCUUGAAUAUGAUAAAAAAGUUAUAGAGCCAAGCAAUCACUUAAGAAUUAAAGGAAAGAUCACUAUUGAUAGCCUGCUUGCUUCAAUGAAAAAACGGCAUCAAGCAGCUCUUGAAUUAAGGUCCAAACCAUCGAUCAAGCACAUAAGAAGCGGGACUAAUAUAACUCCUCAUGAAAUAUCAAAUACAUAUGGGUUUAAUGCGAUGAUAAAUCCAAAUCUUAAUAAUUCGCAUAACAGCCAUACAAAUUUGCAAUGAAAUGAAGGCAAGUAUGGAGUCUCGUCAAAUCCUCCAUCGAGAGAUCAAACCCCUACAAAGGAAGCUUCUGAAACAUUUAUAAAACCAAUAAAGAAUGAAUAUAUAAGUAAACUGAACCUCUCUAUGGACUCUCAAGCAUCAUUAGUGAAUUUUUCCAAUGCAAAUGAUGUGGCAAAUCAAAAAUCUAAUAUUUUUAUAAAAGUAAACGCUCACUCAGUAAGUCCAAGGUCAAGAUAUAACAACUCGCCAGUUCUUUCAGGAAUUUUAAAAACAAUAAAAGAGCGCCAGCAAUCAUCCAACGGCUCAAUAAGGCUCGAUCACUAUAACUAA